GCGGUGGCGGGAACGAAACAGACAAUGGCCGCUGAUCGGUUCCCAGAAAAUGGGAUCUGCUCUCCCUUUGCCUUCCUUCGCAUCUCCGAGUUGCAGCUCAGAAAUGUCGAACCCUGUUGUCCGAUACAGGGAACUAGGUUACGGAGAAGCUCUGGCCAAAGUCCACCGCUAUCCGAUCGUCUGCAGGGAGCUCAGCUCGAUCCUCAGGGAAGCUUACCCCAAGCUCCCUAAGAAUCUCCAAUCCAUGAUCUUCGACGACACUCUCGCCGCGUUUCGUCUCCUUCCCCAGAUGGAGAUGCAGAGUGCUGUUUCGGCAGCCCAUCUUCUCUGCCAGAGCGCAGAGGCUGCACUCCCCAAGCAGAAGAAGAACUUGGCAGUCUCGGAAUUCAGGCAUGCCAAGGUUGCUCAGAAGAGGCGACGGAAGGCUCAUCACAGGGAAGAAACUACUGCAGAGCUGCCACAAGACGUAUUAGCCCACGUCUUCAGCUUCCUCGACACGCAGUGUUUAGCUUUGGCGGGGAAAGUGUGCUGGUAAUGGUUCUUUUUUUCAGUUGGAUUGUUCGAGGGAAACCAGUGGCAGCUUUAAUGAGUCUUCUGGUUGAUUUGUGAAGGUCAUGGAAUGUUGCUUCUAACAACAACCUCCUCUGGCAAGCUCACUAUGCUGAAGUAUUUGGUAGUAGCAGCGACUCUAUAGGACGAAAAACGAAGAAGAGUACACACUCUAUUCAGGAAAAUGUAAAUGGUGAAGGAACCAGUGUAGAUUGGAAAGAGGCCUUUAAAAGAGCCUACAGUGGCAAUUGCUCCAAGCGACUGGCAUCUAACAGGGGAUACUGCAACCGCUGCAAAGCAGUAGUUUGGCUUGAUAGUAUGAAAUGUUGUAGCUGUAAUGAAACCCAAGGAAGAUCAAAACAAUCACAAAUCACACACAUUACGUCUGAUCAGGUUGUUGCCUAUUUAUUGCAUGGUUGUUCGUCGCUGUUAUCUUCCUCGGACAGUGAUAGUGACUCGGAUGAAGAGUUCAUGUCCAGCUUAUGGUUUUACCCGAAGCACAUUACUGGUUGAAAUCUGGCUAAGGAGUAGCAGAGUUUCUCAUUGUGUAGUAUUCAUUUCACUAUCCAAGAAGUGCCUAGUGAAGUUGUUCAUUUGUUCAGACACUGUCUUCAGGGAGUCCCGAAAGAGCUUAAUUACUUUGCUUAAUUACUUUGUAAUCUUGAAAAAGAUGUAAUAGUUCCUUUCCAGUUAGAUUAAAAUCGUCAAGGAUUGACAUCCCGGGUUCGUGUAACCUCUCUUCUUGUGGAAGCUGAGUAUUUGUCCAACCUCGCGUUGGUGUUAGUACAGCGUUGGUGUUGCGUAGCGACGGUGUAAUGAAUGGUGUGUGAUGCCUCAACAAAGUAGACAUGAUGCAAUAUGAAUUUUGCCA